GUAAUUUGAUCGACAAAAAAAAAACAAGCUAGUAAAAUAUAAUUAACAGAAUUACUAAAUCGGCCGGUUUAGGGAUUGCUUUCUCUCAGUCGUCAAUUGCACUAAACCACUGGUGGUAAUAUCGCUGGCGUUUCGCAAGUAUCACCGGGAAUUGCAAAGAAGCAGAGGACCAUGUACGGAGACGCUACAAACUGGAAUGAAGAUGAGUAUAGAGAAUCAAUUUUGAAGGAGCGAGAGAUAGAGACACGCACCGUCUUCAGAACCGCCUGGGCUCCUCCGGCGAGAAUCUCUAAUCCAGACGCAUUUGUUGUAGCCUCCAGCGAUGGAACUUUAGCUUUCCAUUCACUGAACUCGCUUGUGUCUCAAUCGGCGAGUUUUGGCUACUCGAAAGGUCAAGAUGUUAUGGUGGCUGAACCUGAGAGAGUGGUUAGGGCACACGAAGGUCCUGCUUAUGAUGUUAAGUUCUAUGGUGAAGACGAAGAUGCUUUGCUACUUAGUUGUGGUGAUGAUGGUAGAGUUAGGGGAUGGAAAUGGAGAGAAUUUGCUGAAUCAGAUGUGUCUCUUCAUUUGAAAGAGAAUCAUCUGAAGCCAUUGCUUGAACUGAUUAAUCCACAACACAAAGGUCCUUGGGGUGCGCUUUCACCGAUGCCUGAGAUCAAUGCCAUGUCUGUUGAUCCUCAGUCAGGAAGUGUAUUUACAGCAGCUGGUGAUUCUUGCGCAUAUUGUUGGGACGUGGAGAGUGGUAAGAUUAAAAUGACCUUUAAAGGUCAUUCAGACUAUUUGCAUACUGUAGUUUCUCGUAGUUCUGCAAGUCAGAUAUUGACGGGUUCAGAGGAUGGGACUGCGAGAAUCUGGGAUUGCAAAACGGGAAAAUGUGUUAAAGUAAUUGGUUCCCAGGAUAAAAAGUCCCGCCUUCGCGUUAGUUCUAUGGCCCUUGAUGGGAGUGAAAGCUGGUUGGUUUGUGGACAGGGCAAAAAUUUAGCUUUAUGGAAUCUUCCCGCCUCAGAAUGCGUACAAACAAUACCCAUCCCUGCACAUGUACAGGAUGUGAUGUUUGAUGAAAAGCAAAUUUUGACUGUAGGAGCAGAACCACUUCUAAGACGUUUCGACUUAAAUGGAGCUUUGCUUUCUCAAAUUCACUGUGCUCCUUGUUCAGUAUUUUCCAUUUCCUUGCAUCCAGCAGGAGUAGUUGCUGUGGGAGGUUAUGGAGGUAUUGUUGAUGUCAUCUCUCAAUUUGGAAGCCAUCUCUGCACAUUUCGUAGCAGUUCAUUGUAAAACUCCUUACAGUUUCUUGAUUUGGCUCGAUACCCUAAAGAGGUACCGAAAUGUGUCAGUCAGAUUAUUGCAGAGGUUAAGAAACCUUUUCUUUGUUUUUCUUAGGAUCUUGCUCCUGACUAAAGACCAAUUAGUUGUUUGGUUAAGUGUAAUUGGUUUGUGGUUCCGUAGUUGCUAUCAAAUUUGAACCAUUAAAAUGACAUUGGACCGGUUUAGUCUGAUCACGUACAUUAACUGCCGUUAGAGUUUCAAUU